CAGGAUACCUCCCCGGUGGGCCCGAGGGACAUGCAUGUGUCCCCCAUGGAGAUCCGACGCUCUUUGCCCCAGGAUUUCCGUGAGCUGCUGUACUGCCUGAAGAUGAGGAGCAAGUAUGCCAUCCUGCUGGUCUUUGUGGUUGGCCUCGUCAUCAUCGAGAAGGAGAACAACUUCAUCUCCAGGGUGUCAGACAAGCUGAAGCAGUCCCCACAGGCACUUGCAGAGGCCAACAGCACAGAGGCCAGCCCACAGCUGACUGAGAACGGCUCCCUCGCCUCGCUGCAAGAGCUGGACGCAGCCUUCUCCCAGCUGAGGUCCCAUCUGCGUAACAUCACCCUGCAGCUGGUAGGCGAUGGGGACACCAGGCCACGGCGUCAUGUCCUGCUGAUGGCCACCACCCGCACCGGCUCCUCCUUCGUGGGCGAGUUCUUCAACCAGCAGGGCAGCAUCUUCUACCUCUUUGAGCCCCUCUGGCACAUCGAGAGGACAGUGACCUUUGAGCCAGGGGGAGCCAACGCAGUGGGCUCAGCCUUGGUCUACCGGGAUGUCCUCAAGCAGCUCUUCCUCUGUGACCUCUACAUCUUGGAGAGCUUCAUCUCCCCAGCACCCGAGGACCACCUGACGCCCUUCAUGUUUCGUCGGGGCUCGAGCCGCUCACUCUGUGAGGAUCCUGUCUGCACGUCCAGCACCAAGAAGGUCUUUGAGAAGUACCACUGCAAGAACCGCCGCUGCGGCCCCCUCAACAUCACCCUGGCUGUUGAGGCCUGCCGGCACAAGCAACACGUGGCCCUGAAGACGGUGCGCAUCCGGCAGCUGGAGUUCCUGCAGCCGCUGGUGGAAGACCCUCGGCUGGACGUCCGCAUCAUCCAGCUGGUGCGGGACCCCCGGGCUGUCCUGGCCUCCCGCAUGGUGGCCUUCUCCGGCAAGUACGAGACCUGGAAGAAGUGGGCAUCCGAGGGGGAGGCUCCUCUCCAUGAGGAGGAGGUGCAGCGGCUGCGGGGCAACUGUGAGAGCAUCCGGCUGUCAGCAGAGCUGGGGCUGCGGCGGCCGGCCUGGCUGCGGGGCCGCUACAUGCUGGUCCGCUAUGAGGACGUGGCGCGGGCGCCCUUGCAGAAGGCGGAGGAGAUGUACCGCUUCGCCGGGCUGCCCCUCACUCCCCAGGUGAAGGAGUGGAUUGGCAAAAACACUCAGGCACCCCACGACGGCAGCGGCGUCUACUCCACCCGCAAGAACUCCUCCGAGCAGUUUGAGAAGUGGCGCUUCAGCAUCCCCUUCAAGCUGGCGCAGGUGGUGCAGGACGCCUGCGCCCCAGCCAUGCAGCUCUUUGGCUACAAGCUGGCCAGCAGCCCUGCUGCACUGGCCAAUCGCUCCUUCAGCCUGCUGGAGGAGGCACAGCCCUCCUGGGUCACGUAA